AUGGCAGUCAGAGCGCAGUUUGAAAACAACAAUGAAAUUGGGGUAUUCAGCAAGUUGACCAACUCAUAUUGUUUAGUUGGAAUUGGUGCUUCUGAAACUUUCUACAGUGUAUUUGAAUCAGAGUUGUCUGACGUUAUACCUGUUAUCCAUGCAUCUGUUGCUGGAUGUCGUAUUGUAGGCCGUAUGGCAGUUGGCAACAAAAAUGGUUUAUUAUUACCUAAUUCUACAACAGAUACUGAAUUACAACAUAUACGUAAUUCUUUGCCAGACAAUGUUAAGGUUCAGCGUGUAGAAGAACGUUUGUCUGCCCUUGGAAAUGUUAUGGUGUGCAACGACUAUGUAGCAUUAGUUCAUCCAGAUUUGGACAAAGAUACUGAAGAAAUACUUUCAGAUACUCUAAACGUUGAAGUAUACAGACAAACUGUUGCAUCUAACUGCCUAGUAGGUUCAUAUUGCGCUAUAUCUAAUCAAGGUGGACUAGUUCAUCCCAAGACCACUGUGGAAGACCUAGACGAAUUGUCUGGUUUAAUUCAGGUUCCUCUUGUAGCUGGUACAGUAAAUCGUGGUUCAGAUGUUGUUGGUGCUGGGAUGGUAGUGAAUGAUUGGUGUGCUGUUUGCGGUACAGAUACGACAUCUACAGAGAUCUCUGUUAUUGACAGUAUAUUCAAAUUAGAUCCAGAUGGUGUACAUAAAAUGAAAAAACUCAAAGGUCCCCUCAUUGAUAGUAUAAAAGCUUUGUAA